AUGCUGAGGAAGAGGACCAGGUCAAUCCAGAAAGAUCAACACCACUUUGGCAAAAUGGCAAUAUCUGAAACCAGUUUUGAGUCCUAUCCUCAGUCUCAUGCUUUGGGGAGCAAUACCAAAAGCAACUCAAUUUUCAAUACCCCUCUUUUGUUUGUGGGUAUGGGUCCUAAGGGGUUGGAUUCAGAUUCAGUUAAGAGUCCCACUUCCCCACUAGAUGUUUCAUUUUUUUCAAAUCUAAGUAAUCCUUUUAGAACCCCAAGUUCAUUGUCCAAUGAGGGACAACAAAGGAGCUGGGACUGUGUCAAAGUAGGUCUAAGUAUUAUAGAUUCUUUGGAAGAAUGUCCUAAGUUUUCUGGAAAAAUUCUCCGAGCAUCAGAGAGCAAGAAGACUAAUCUCAGUCCCCAAAUGAUUACUAAAGUCCCAAAUUGUAAACCCUAUAUGGAUUAUGUUCAGGCAUCUAAAUCUUUACCCAAAGAUUUUUGUAAGAUUCCUUGUACUCAAAAUGGUUACAUUUUCUCCAAGGGUGAGUCCCAAGUUCUUUUUGAGAUUGGAGAGACCCCACUAGAACAUGAAUCAUUUGGAAGAACUGUGUCUGUUUCUUUAGACUCUUGCAGUCCAAUUAAAAAUUUGUCUGGUUUAACUGUUUCCAACAUUGAUUCUAACCCUGAGAAUCUUUCUUUCAAACAUAUGUGCUCUCCUCCUCAUUUUAUUGGAGGAAGCCAUGAUAACACACAAAUUUUACUACCUGCUGAAUUAAAUUCAAAUCCUGUUACUGCAGUAUCUUCUAAUGAAUUUAUCAAGUCUCUAUCAGCCAGUGAGAUUGAACUUUCUGAGGAUUAUACUUGUGUCAUAUCCCAUGGUCCUAAUCCUAAAACAACCCAUAUUUUCUGUGACUGCAUUUUGGAGACUCGAGCUAAUGACUUUGGAAAACAUGACAAGAAUGGAGAUAAGGAAAAGGGACUUUCCCUUUUCAGUGUUAACAACAUGCAUACUCCAAACCAUUUUCCUUCUAAAGAUUUCUUAAGUUUCUGUCACCAUUGCAACAAGAAACUGGAAGAGGGGAAAGACAUUUAUAUAUAUAGAGGUGAAAAAGCAUUUUGCAGUUUGGGCUGCCGGGCAAUAGAGAUAAUGAUGGAUGAGGAGCUUGAGAAAUCAGAUUCAUCACCUGAGAACUCUCCAAAGUGA